UUUUUUUUUUUUAAUUUUUUUACCUCUUUUUUUUUCUUCUCCGUUUCAACCUUCUUCUUUUCAUCUCUCUCUUCUCGUUCUUUUAUCCUUUUUUCUUUGCUCACCUCUUUCCACUCUUUUUACGUAUUCCCAAUGAAGCCGGUCGUAUUCCUCUCAUUUUGUGUCUUCUUCAUUGUCGCCUUGUUUUCUUUCGCCAAUGCCGAACAAGAACUCGAAGAACGUGGCCUUGCCACUUUAAUGAUGUUUAACAACGGCACCAGUCCCUUUGAAAAGCGUGGUGGACGUGGUACUUGGUAUACUGGCGAAGAUUUGAAGAAUGCUGCUUGCUAUGAUCGCAAUGGUCUUCCUCCGUACUCCGCCUCUAUCCACAGCAUGAUUGGCGCCAUGGCUAUGAAAAAGUUCGAGAACUGCUACAAGUGCAUGAAGAUUACCAACAAUAAGCACAAGAACCUGUCCGUUGUCGUGAAGAUCGUUGACAAAUGCGCUGGUUGCAAAGUUGGCAAGGCUAUUGAUUUGACGCCUGCAGCCUUCAAGAAGAUUGCUCCCCGCGGUGAUCUUGAUAUCGGUGUUCUCGACAUCAGCUGGAAAGUUGUCAAGUGCUCCAACUCGAAGUACUAUCCUAGCAAGCCCAAGGCUUAGACAAAAAAAAAGAAGAUUCUUGAUUCUUUUCUCUAUUCUCGUGUUGCUUUAUGUUAUUUGCUCCCUGUCGCUUGUCACUUUCCACAAUCUAUAAACUCAAUUAACCUGUAUUUCAUCUUAAAACAAAAUGACUUUAUAGAAUCACUUGUGGAUAAAAAAAAAAAAAAACCAGAAUGAAAUGAUUAGACCAAAUAGACAUAGUCAAUCAGCCACACUGGCAUCCAAUCUUUUCUAUUCUUUCAUUGUAUAUGCAUUUUUUAUCGCUUUUACAACCAGGCUGUCACAAUACAGUUAAACUCACACUUUAAAUCUUAUGUUGCUACAAUGGAUCAUGGUUAUCCAAAAGAAGAUCUCAGCGAAGCCGUGCCCCUAUAGCCGACUAAUGUUUGACUCGAAAUAUAACAUACUCCAGUUUGGUG